AUGAUGGACACCGCGACCAACUCGUUGGCUUCGAUCGCGACGACCACGCUUAUCGCUGCUACCACUCCAACACCCUUGGGUGCAAAUACACUAUAUUAUCAUGGAACAAAUUCUUCAAGCCCAGGGCAGGAUCCAAAUGGUGAAGGAGGAGAAUGCAAGCUACUUGGUCCAUUUUCUGUGUUUGUUCAGAUCGCUCUUGGUGGCCUCGCAUUAUUAUCUCUAGUCUAUAAGAGAUGGAGAGAACGACCACAGCGCCCGGUGAAGAUCUGGGCCUUUGAUGUCUCAAAACAAGUCUUCGGAUCUGUGAUGCUUCAUAUGCUGAAUCUGGUCAUGUCGAUGUUUUCUGCGGGCCAACUGGAGAUUCGAAGCUCAUACAAGCCGAAUCCAUGCUCGUUUUACUUACUGAACCUGGGAAUCGACACUACCCUCGGUAUCCCCAUUCUGAUCCUCCUUCUCCGCGUUCUCAACUAUUUGGCAUCUUACACCCCUCUUGCAAACCCCCCAGAAUCGAUCGAGUCUGGCAAUUAUGGCCAACCCCCACGCGUAACAUGGUGGCUCAAACAGGCCAUCAUUUAUUUCAUGGGAUUGCUUGGCAUGAAGAUAUGCGUGUUCUUCCUCAUCGAGCUCUUACCUUUCAUUGUCAAGGUUGGCGACUGGGCUUUAAGGUGGACAGAAGGCAACGCCGCUGUCCAGAUCUUCUUCGUCAUGCUUCUUUUCCCAGUCAUCAUGAACGCCAUCCAGUAUUAUAUCAUCGACAUAUUCAUCAAGAAACCAGUCUCGCAAUACGCGGUGGAUGACACGAUUGGAGAUGCUGCCACAGAUGAUGAUGAUGCUCACCGCCGGGAGGCUCUUCUUGCUGGCCUGGACGAGUCAUAUUCUACUGAUUCUGAUGAUGAAGAACCUGGGAAAUCUCCCAGAACCACCUCGCAGUCGAAGGCCACUGCAAACGCUCUCCAGGAAUCUGAGUUACUUCCUGAGGAUCAGAAUCCUGUUCCUCCAUAUGAACCUCCGAGUUCGAGUGGCAGUUGUGACGAAAAUGACACGAAACCUAGUGUAACACAUCGAUGA